UAAGCACCGGGAAACUUCGCCCAAAGCAAUCUUACCGAAUCAUCAUAAGAGUGGUGGCUCCAUACUGGUUCAGUAUCUGUCCUAGUUCUGGCCCCUGGAGCACUGAACAAGUGAAGACUGAGGGAUUUUAUGGUUGUAGGCCACGCACGACCUAUAAAUAGACCGUUGUAAAAGUAGUGCAUAGUGCACACCGUAUACCACAUUCAUAUUUCUAAAUACGGAUUUGCUAUAAUGGGGGAUAGGACAAUUUUGAUGGACCGGUAUGAAAUCGGGAGGCACUUAGGGCAGGGGAACUUUGCCAAGGUAUAUUAUGCUCGGAAUCUUGCGAGUGGGCAAGCUGUUGCGAUAAAGAUGAUUGAUAAGGACAAGGUUUCGAGGGUUGGGCUAAUGGUGCAAAUAAAGAGGGAGAUUUCGAUAAUGAGAUUGGUAAGGCAUCCCAACGUCCUGAAGCUCUUUGAGGUCAUGGCUAGCAAGAGCAAGAUUUACUUUGUUUUGGAGUAUGCUAAAGGUGGCGAGCUUUUCAAUAAGAUAACCAAGGGGAAGCUAAGUGAGGAUGCUGCUAGGAGGUACUUCCAUCAGUUGAUCAGCGCCGUGGACUACUGCCAUAGCCGAGGUGUUUAUCAUCGUGACUUAAAGCCAGAAAACCUACUCCUGGAUGAUAAUGAAAACCUGAAAGUCUCUGAUUUUGGUCUAAGUGCCCUAGCUGAGUCCAGGAGACAAGAUGGCCUCCUCCAUACCACCUGUGGAACUCCAGCUUAUGUUGCUCCUGAAGUGCUUAGCAGGAGAGGCUAUGACGGUGCCAAGGCUGACAUAUGGUCCUGUGGAGUAAUCCUAUUUGUUUUGGUGGCUGGUUUUCUUCCUUUCCAUGACACAAAUCUUAUAGAGAUGUAUAGGAAGAUUUCCAAAGCUGAAUAUAAAUGCCCUCGCCCUUUUUCCAUCGAGCUCAAGGAUCUACUAUAUAAGAUUCUUGAUCCAGAUCCAAGUACUAGGGCUUCUAUUUCAAGGAUAAAGAGAAGCGCCUGGUACAGAAAACCCAUUGAGGGAAAUGCACUGAAGAUCAAACAAGAACCAAGAGACAUGGUUUACAAAGGUGAAGCCACAGCCUCCCACUCGCCAGAAUGCAGUAUUUCAGAGCUCAAUCUAGCAUCGUCAAGCCUCACAAACUUGAAUGCAUUUGACAUCAUCUCUCUCUCAACGGGAUUUGACCUAUCCAAUUUGUUUGAAGAGAAGUAUGGCCGAAGAUUGGAAAGAUUUACCACCAGGCAGCCAGCAGAGGCCAUAUUUGCCAAGCUGAAUAAAGUGGCCAAGCAAUUGAAGCUCAAAAUUAAGAAGAAAGAAAACGGUGUGUUGAAAUUGGCAGCACCAAAGGAAGGAAUGAAGGGAUUUCUUGAGUUUGAUGCCGAAGUUUUUGAGCUUGCGGCUUCUUUGCAUUUGGUUGAACUAAAAAAGACCAAUGGAGACACUAUAGAGUAUAAACAACUGAUGAAAGAUGAAAUGAGGCCUGCACUUAAGGAUGUGGUUUGGGCGUGGCAAGGUGAUCCGCACCCACUCCCUGAGAAAAUCAUCCAAGGAUCACAGCAGUCUCAGUUGCCUUUGCCAUCACAGCAGCCACAGGAGUAAUAGGCCCCAUUGCAAGUCUGCUGCCACAAAAGCCACUGGACGAGAUGCAGCCACCAUCGCAAAUGGUGUCAACAAUACCCAUCGAAACCAUCUUUGACACCUACAAGGCAUGCAGAGGGUGGCGACGGCCAGGUUCUCAGCAGCUGCAUGAUGUGUUCAAACAGCCAGAGUCGAU